AUGCCUCUCAUCAACGAAGCGCCCUACACGGCGGACGAUGUGCCCGACUACCCGCAGUGCACGCCGCAGCCGUUGAAGAUCGUCCACGUCGGCGCGGGCGCCUCGGGUCUUUUGUUCGCGCACAAAGCUGAGAGACUGUUGAAAAACUAUGAACUCAUCUGCUACGAGAAGAACGAUUCGAUUGGAGGCACCUGGUACGAGAACAGAUACCCAGGCUGUGCUUGCGACAUCCCGGCGCACACCUACACGUUCCCCUUUGAGCCCAAUGCCGAGUGGAGCGGCUACUACAGCUACAGUGACGAGAUCCAGGAGUAUAUGCUCCGGUUUGCGAAAAAGUACGGUGUCGAGAAGUACGUGCAGCUCAACACCGAGGUCGUCGCCGCCACCUGGGACGAGACGAACUCGAAGUGGACGCUCGACUUGAAGCGCAAGGACGGCAGCACCUUCAGCGACACGUGCGACGUCUUCGUCAACGGCGCCGGCGUAAUCAACAAGUGGAAGUGGCCUAGCAUCGAGGGCCUGCACGACUUCAAGGGCACGCUCGUGCAUUCGGCCGCGUGGGACAGCAGCAUCGACUGGGCCGGCAAGACCGUCGCCGUCAUCGGCACGGGGUCCAGCUCGAUCCAGAUGCUGCCCAAGUUGGCCGAGACGGCGAAGCACGUCACCGUCUUCAUCCGCAACCAGACCUACAUUGCCACGCCGAUCGGGUCGGUCUCCAACAAGGAGGCCGACCCGGAGGCCCAGGACCCCGGGGCGGCCGGCAAGCACUCGUACACGGAGAAGGAGAAGCAAAAGUUUCGCGACGACCCAGAGUACCACCUCAAGUACCGCCAGGAGGUGGAGCGCUCGGUGGCCAGCAUCUUCCGCAUGUUCCUGCGCGGCACCGAGAUGAACCUCGCGGCCAAGAAGUUCCUGCAGGACGACAUGGCCAGGAAGCUCGGCGACCGCGACGACCUGAAGGAGAAGUUCAUCCCCGCGUGGAGCCCCGGGUGCCGUCGCCUGACGCCCGGCGAGGGCUAUCUCGAGUCCCUGAUCCGCGACAACGUGACGUGCGUGUUUGAGGACAUUGUCAAAGUCACCCCGGAGGGCAUCGUCACCAGCGACGGCGCGGAGCACAAGGUCGACAUCCUGGCCUGCGCCACGGGCUUCUACGUCGCGUACCUCCCCCACUUCCGCAUCACGGGCCUAGGCGGCCAGGUCAUGCAGGACCAGAAGGAACCGAACGUCUAUGCCUCGAUCGCGGCCCCGGGGUUCCCCAACUACUUCGUGGUCAACGGCCCCCGGGGCAAUUGGGGCCAGGGCUGCGUGCUCCCGAGCCACGAGGUGCACAGUGAAUACAUCCUGCAGUGCUGUCGGAAGAUGCAGGAGGACGGGAUCCGCUGGAUGAUGCCCAAGCAGGAGCUCACGACGCAGCUGAACCUCUACAUGGACGCGUGGCACAGGAAGCACAGCGUGUGGGCCGAGGACUGCAAGAGUUGGUAUAAAGACAACAAACCCGAUGGCCGUGUCUACAUCUGGCCAGGAAGUCUGUUCCACCACCUCAAGUUCAUGAAGCGCCCGCGCUUCGAGCACUACGAGCUCCAGUACAACGACCCGAGCAACGUCUUUGCGUUCCUGGGCAACGGCCUCACCAUCACCGAGACAAAGUACGGGCCUGCGGACCUGCCUGUUCCGUACAUCAGAAACAGCGAGGACGAGGAGUGGGACAUCGAGUAG